AUGAAGAGAAGCCCCUUGACAGAAGAGGGGGAGGCGGGGACGCACUCCCGAGCGCCGGGGGCGGCAAAGAAGAGAGACUCCUUGCCAGAGGCGGCAGAGAAGAGAGACUCCUUGCCAGAGCCAGAGGCGGAUGCGUCAUCUGGGACCGAUACGGAGAGGGAGGCAACGAAGAUGGAUGUCUAUCGGCCUGCCCGUCCGGAGAUGAGAGGAGUUGGAGAUGACCCGGACGAGUCCGUGACACAAACACAUGGAUCGAGAUCGACCAAGGCAGUUGAGGAGGAUGAGUUUACACCGAAAUCUCCAAUCAGCAUGCCCUACAUCCCCGACGAGCUAAAUGAUCCGACUGCCUAUCCAGCGAUAUUCGCCGCCUUCAAGGAGGCCCAAGUUAAAUACACAGAGAAAUUAAGUCGUCGGCUCCGUCUCUUGCCCAAGUUGGCACAUUCAUGCCAUCUUCCGAUCCCUGAAUCUGCCAAAGAGGGGGUGCUUCAUGCUGCUAAAUCUAUCAUCAGGCUCUCAUCUUCUGUUGACGGGAAGCCACUGGCCAACUGCUGUGGUUUGUUGAUUAAAUGGGACCUGGAGAGCAAGACAGGGACUGUUUUGACGACCGCACACCUGAUUCGCUCAAAGCAUCCCACGGAAAACCACUGGGAAGGCAGAGACGAGUACAAUAUUAAAGCUAACGUUAUUGUUCACUUGCUGGAUGGCACCACUGCAGAUGGGCACUACCUCUACCACCAGGAGCAUUAUGAUCUUGCC